AUGAAUGCUGGCAAUUCCACCAAUGGAGCUGUGAACUUUGCAGCCAGUUCUAACCCCAAAAGUAUAGUAGCCUUUACUGAUCACCUUUGCAUUCUGCAGGCCCCUUCAAUGAAGAGGCCUCUGGAGAUUGGUAAGGCCUAUGAUGGUCUGUGCUUUCUUUGUCCAAAGUGUCUGAGGAACAGGGAUGUUGUCUUUAUUGAAAGUGUAUUUCCAUUCACUCUGUCAUCUGAAACUACAUCUUUCCCCUUUGUCUUUGAUAAUCCUGUCCCUUUCAUUGAUUGUACUCCUAAAAAUGAUAAACAUCUCUAUGAUAGUGAUAAUGGCACAAGUAUUGCACACAAUCAACCCUUAGAACAUGAUAUUCCUUUAACAUCUGUGAGACUUUCCAUAUCAACUGAACCUUCUACCUCCUCACCACAAUCUGACACACCACCGCCUUCAUACCACAGCACAUUACCUGUUGGGGAUCAACCAGGCCACUCCUCCAUUACCCUAAGGAAGUCACAAAGACCUCUCAAAACACCACUAUAUUUACAAUAUUAUCUACACUCACUUCCAAAAUUGAAGUCAUCAUCCCCUACUGAAUACUGUAAUUCAACUACACCAUUCUCUCUUAAUGUUGCAUUUUCCAAGAGUCAUCAUGUUUCCCCUGAUACUCUGAUUCCUGAAAGCCAAAGUCUUGUAAGAGACAUUUGCAGUGACAGUGAACCUUCAUCAUAUGAGGAGGCAGCUAUGAAUUCUGCCUGGCAAACAGCUAUGAACCAAGAAUUUGAAGCAUCACAUGCCAACCAUACUUGGGACCUAGUUCCCCUGCCUGCUGGGAAGAAAAUUAUAGGAUGUAAAUGGGUGUAUAAGAUAAAACACAAAGCAGAUGGGAGAGUAGAAAAACUUAAAGCUAGGCUUGUUGUGAAAUGGUAUACCCAACAAGCAGGCAUUAACUAUACAGAGACAUUCUCCCCUGUAGUCAAGAUGACUAUUGUGAGGUCUCUGAUAGAUGUUGCUGUGAAGAAAGCGUGGCACAUGUCCCAAUUGGAUGUGAAUAAUGCCUUCCUGCAUGGUGACCUAAAUGAAGAAGUCUACAUAGAGGUUCCUCAGGGCCUGGCUUUAGAUAAUUCAGAGUUGGUUUGCAAGCUCAACAAGUCACUUUAUGGGCUGAAAGCCAGUAAGAAAUGGUAUGCCAAGCUCACUGAAGCCUUAUGUUCAAGGGGUUAUGCACACUCUAUGUAUGACUACUCAUUGCUUUACAAGAAAACUGAAAACUCAACUGUCUAUAUAGCAAUGUAUGUAGAUGACAUUAUGGUGACAGGCACUGACAUAAUGGAGAUUGAAGAAUUGAAAGCUUUUCUGAAUGACAACUUCAAGAUAAAAGAUCUAGGCUGA